UGUCAAACCGUGCGGUUGAUUGUCGGAACUUCUGAACUCCGGAAAGAAUAGUAUUGAUCGAAUUCGAAGCUAGUAAAAAUCGGCGAUUUGAUUACCAGUUGCGGUCACGGUCUCUCUCGCAAGUUGCAUUAGUAAUAUUGCAUUUUCUAUUCUCCAACUCAAAUUCAAACUCAAAUCCAAAUCCAACUCCAAUACCACACUUUUGAGACGUGUCCCGAUCAUUGCUAUUAAAUCUGUCAUUCAAUUCUGUUUUGUAUCUGUAAUAAGUGCUUGGAAGCCAGCCUCGAUUUUCGAGCGGUGCUCUCGUUACGCGCCCAAGGAUCUUAACCCCCAACGGCCCCAUCCUGCAUCCGCAGAGAUAUCGGCUAACCAAGGAUUACCAUCAAUAUGAGUUUCCAUAAGAGCGACUCGCGGACGCCGCUGGCGCCCACCGAGUACACUAAAAUCCCGACGGUCACUGCGGGCUGCGGAGAAAACGAGAAGCCCAAAGGCGGCAAAGGCGGGCAAUCCAAGUUCAUCCGUUCGGACAUGGCCGACGUACCCGUCCAGCAGGCGGCAGGAUCGACGCUUCCGUUGGUAAUCUCUCGGAAAAAAGGCGACGACUCCGAGGAUGGCAACUACAAUCCGUUCGAGCACCGCAAGGUGGAGCAUCCCACAUCGGAUCUCGAGACAUUUGUACACUUGCUAAAGGGAUCGCUGGGCUCCGGGAUAUUGGCCAUGCCAAUGGCCUUCUCCCACGCUGGAUUGUGGUUCGGAUUGGUGGCCACCUUCGCGGUGGGCACCUUGUGCACCUACUGCGUUCACAUCCUGGUCAAAUGCGCCCACAUCCUGUGCCGCCGUCGCAAAAUCCCGAUGAUGGGAUUCGCCGAUGUGGCGGAACAGGCCUUCCUCGACGGACCACCCGCCCUGAAUCGCUGGUCACGCUUCAUCCGGUUCAUGGUCAAUACGUUUCUGGUAAUCGAUUUGCUGGGCUGCUGCUGCAUCUAUCUGGUGUUCGUGGCCAACAAUGUGGAGCAGGUCGUGCGGGUGUAUAUGGAAACGGUUCUGGGCAUUAGAGUUUGGAUCAUGAUCGUGUCGGCACCGCUGAUCUUCAUGUGCCUGAUACGAAACCUGAAGUUCCUCACGCCCUUCUCGAUGUUAGCCAACAUCCUGAUGUUCGUGGGCAUCGUGAUCACCUUCAUCUAUAUGUUCUCCGAUCUUCCUGCACCCGUGGAACGUCCUGGAAUUGUGAGUGUAACCGAAUGGCCAUUGUUCUUCGGCACCGUGAUCUUUGCGCUGGAGGGCAUCGGUGUAGUUAUGUCCCUGGAGAACGACAUGAAGAACCCCAGCCACUUCAUCGGUUGCCCAUCUGUACUGAACUUCGGCAUGGGUCUGGUGAUUGCCCUCUAUACCCUGGUUGGAUUCUUUGGCUUCCUGAAGUACGGCCCGGCCACCGAGGCCAGCAUUACGCUGAAUCUGCCCCUGGAUGAUAAGUUGGCCCAAUCCGUCAAGUUGAUGAUUGCCAUCGCCAUCUUCUUCACCUUCACCCUGCAGUUCUACGUGCCCGUCACGAUUUUGUGGAAGGGUCUGGAGCACAAGAUCCGGCCGGAGAAGCAGAACAUCUGUGAAUACGGACUUCGUGUCUUUCUGGUGCUCCUGUGCUGCGGAAUCGCAGUGGCUCUGCCCAACUUGGGACCCUUCAUCUCGCUUAUUGGAGCGGUGUGCCUGAGUACGCUGGGCAUGAUCGUUCCGGCGACCAUUGAGCUCGCCGUGUACCAUGAGGAUCCCGGAUACGGGCGCUUCAACUGGCGGCUGUGGAAGAACUCCGGACUGAUACUGUUCGGCGUGGUGGGUUUCGUGGCUGGAACCUAUGUCAGCAUCAUCGAAUUCCACACCGAGUUCAGCAACGGUCACUGAGCUAAUUUAAUUUAACGUAGUCUUUAAUGAAACUCUUCUAAGCACAGGGAUGUCUAAGUUAAGUUUUUAACUAAUUUUAGGGCUAACCAAAGUUUUCUAGGACUCCGAAACUUCCCGCCUCGCCCCCUGGUUAUCCUAUCCCGCCCCGUCCUUCCCUCCACCGAUCCAACUCGAUCCGCUUCGAUCCCUGAUAUAUAUAUAUCUAUAUAUCUAUAUAUAUCCACAUCCAUAAACCCCAUAGGGGGCUAUCAGCAAUCAAACAACAAAAGUAUUUCGAUUUAGUCGGUGCCACGCCCCCGAGGAGUUGCGUUGGUGCUAGGGGGGCGUGGCAUUAAGGUUACUUAGAGAAUUCUUGUAGAAGUGAUUUUGUAUCGUAGUGAUUUUGACAACAACUUAGUCGUAAUUAGUUCCUGCUCGAACUAAGCCAAGACAGACGGACGCAGCGGAAGUUUGUUUUCGUUCUUCAAUUAUUUUGUUUUAUCAUUGAUUUACUCUGUACAUUAUCGACGCCCUAAUUCAAUAAUCAUGACAUAUUACCAAUUACACAAA